UUUCCAAUUAAAUUUAAAAUGUACAUUUUUCUUUGUAACGGAAUCUCCUAAUUCAUUAAUUUUUUAAUACGAUUACGAUGUGGUUGAAUGUUGUUUCACAAGAUUUGUCAAUACCUUCCGAGUACAUAAAAUCUACAAAUAAUCCAAAACGCUUUUUCGCCAAUGUUCAUCGUAUUUGGUAUAGAGAUUUUUUAAAUGGAAUCAAUCGUCCAUUUUUACACCACGAAACGUUUACAAACGACGAUGUUCAUGCAAAAGUGCAACAAGUCGAAAGCCUAGGAAGUGCAUGGAUUUAUGUAUUGAUUACGGUUAUAACAAAAAAUGGCAAACAAGUUAUUCCGCUGCCUAAAAGAAGUGAAUCCAUAGAUUUCGAGAAAGAUCUGAGUUAUUCACAGCAACUACAAUACGUAACAGUUACCAAUAGAAAAAAUUUAUGGAAAGAAGCGUAUAAGAAAUAUGACGGUUUCUUUUAUAGAGAAAAACCAUCUUGUCCAAAUAUAUGUUUGUCUUCACACGAUACUACAAUACGAGAUGUUCUAACACGAUUUUAUAAUUGCCCAAUAGUCAGUCUUCGAGACAGGUCUCUAAAAAUAAGUACUGAAUCUGAAAAUGAAUCUCAUUCUAAUAUUUUACCAGCCAACAUAGUGUUUGAAACUGAGAAAUAUUUCUAUUUGCUACAAGAAACGAACAACACACACUUUUUUCAAGAUUGUUCCAAUUACAGUCCAGCAUUGAUAAAAGCUUGUCACGCUCGUCCAUUAUUUGUUGUUUACCAAAUUCUAAACGCUAUGCAAAACACUCACGAUCGUGGACUCAUCCUCGGCGAUAUAACAUUUUCAGAUAUUAUAGUCUCUCCUGAACUAUGGAUUAGGAUUUUGCCAAGAAUUGCCGAUAACAUUUUAGACGCUAGCGAAAUUGAUAGCAAUUUCGACGAUACGUCGUAUCAAAAGCCAGCCGAAUGUCUGGCUUCAAUGUGUGAACAGUGGGUUCGCGGGAAGAUCUCAAAUUUUGAUUAUUUAACUUUUUUGAAUAAAUUGGCCGGCAGAAAAUACGGCGAUCCAAAAUGUCACCAUGUAUUUCCUUGGGUGACAGACUUCAGUUCUCGUGCCGGUCUUAAUUACCGCGAUCUCACCAAGUCAAAAUAUAGGCUGAAUAAAGGAGACAGACAAUUGGAUUUGACUUACGAUAUAGGCGAUGAAAAAUCGUCAGUUAUGACCCCUCAUCAUGUUACCGAUGUAUUAUCAGAAAUAACUUAUUACGUUUAUCGAUCUCGUGUAACACCACGAUCAGUGCUUUGUCGAUAUAUAAGAACAAAAUUUGUGCCAGAAGAAUAUCCAUCCAGUAUACAACGUAUGCAACAAUGGUCUCCGGAUGAAUGCAUUCCAGAAUUUUAUACCGACCCUUCAGUUUUUAAAUCCAUACACAAAGAGUUGCCGGAUUUGGGCGUUCCUACUUGGGCGGAAAAUGUUCAAGACUUAGUGGAUACACACAGAACCAUAUUGGAGAGUAACUAUAUUUCUGAACGGUUGCACCAUUGGAUAGAUUUGACGUUUGGAUAUAAACUAUCAGGUUCAGCCGCAGUUAAAUCUAAAAAUGUCUGCUUACAAUUGUGUGAUAAUCAUACAAACCUAUCAUCCUCUGGCAUUGUACAGUUAUUUACACAACCCCAUCCCCAACGCCUUUUACCGUCUCCUUAUUUUUCACGUAUUCCCCCGGUUAUGCCAAAAAUGAAACCACCUCCAUUUACUGAAACCCAACAGGAGAAUUCCGCUGUCGACAACGAUGACAAGUCAACUCAUGGUUUCACAAAAUAUUUAGAUUUCUCAAAAAUGCCGCUUUGUCUUCCGCCUGAUUACAAUCCUGCUAUGCCACUGAUCGCCUUAGAUACACUUAAUAGUUUUUUAACUGGUGUAUGUGUUAAAAUAUUUGAUUCCACUAGUGAAAAUGACCACUCAAAGCACAUCACGCCAUAUAAAAAAAUCAUUGCAAAUCGUAGAGCACAAGAAAUUCAGGUUUUAGGUUGUCUUAUUGUGGAGUUGUUUAUGGGCGAACAAAUUAUCGCUCAGGGCAGCAAUCUACAGACAUUAUCAUUUUCGGAACGGUUACAAAGCUGUAGAGUGUUAGCUUCAUCAUACCAAAAAGACCUACCGAAUUGUAUUAGACCAAUUAUCAAGUUAUUACUUCAAAUAGAUAAAAUAUCUCUAAAUGAAAAUCUGUUACCAUUCGAUUUCAAUUGGUAUUCUGUAAUCACAGAUUAUGGACUCCCUCCGCCAACCGCCCAUCAAUUACUAAUUCCUUUACUUUCCUCAUCAAUUAUAAGUUUUCCCAAGUAUUUUUUAAAUUUAUAUAAUGUGUUGAAAAUUUACCAUGAUUACAAGACAGUAAAAUCUGAAAUGGAAAGUGUAAAAAAUCUUUUGGAAGAAGAUCAAAAAUACGCUCUUGACAUGUUCGAUGCUUUGUGCAAAAAGUUUAUUGUUGAUAUAGAACACGAAAUGAUUGAAUUGAACGAAGUAGGAGUAUUUGGAACCCUGGCGGAUAGUACAUGGGUGGAGUUUUUGGUGCCUAUGAUAAAUGACCUAAUGUCUGACACCAACUGUAAUACUUUGGCGGCACUGUAUUUAUUAGAACCAUCGUUUAAAGCAUUGGGCUUAAAAAAAUCAAAACAAUUACUGCUUGACGGUGUCGUAAAACUGUAUGAAGAAUGUUUACGAGACCUUAGCGAAGAAAGCGUUCUUGUCCAACACAAGUGGGUCAAGUUGUAUCAAAAAUCAUUUUUAAUGAAAUUGGUAUCUGGUUUUGGGACCAAAGAAUUUUUGAAAAAUAUCGUACCUAUUCUAGUGGAAACAGUAGGGUCUGGAUGUAAUUUCAACACUGCACAUCCUAUUCCAAUACAACAUUUAAACGAUUUUUGUGGAUCUUUUCCUCCAAACGAAGAUUUCAAUUCAAAUUUUGAAAAUAAAAAAAAAAUUAAAGUGCUUGAAAGUGACACAAUAUCGUUGGAUGACGAAGCGUUAAAUAACAGCAUAGUUUCACUUCAAGAUGUGCUUUUAGAUGAUCAAGUUUUUAUUGACUAUGAUCGUCAAAGCUCAGACACCAAUUUCAGCGAUGACAAAAGCUUGCAUGACGUCACUGUUGGUAGUAUAUCCGACGGCGAAGACACAAUAUCUUGCCAUACUCCAGAUUCGGAAAGGUUCAACACCGAAGAACCUUUUAAAGUAGCUGAAGUUAGUGCAGAAUCGCUUCUGUGGGUGGCGAACCGAAUAGGUCCAGUGCACACGUCAGUUUAUAUAACCAAAAAUCUAUUAAAAAUGCUAAUGCUAUGUUACUCGAAUUCAAUGCAAUAUGAUGACAAAGCUAUACUGGUCAUUGAUUGUCUGGUAAAUAUUGCAGGUGUUUAUGGUGAGCAAGUUGUUCUAGUACAAUAUUUACCACAUAUCACGGAUGUUGUUGGUAUAUGUAAGCGCAGCAAAAUGACAACGAGUCUUGAAAGCGGUCUAAUUGGAUGCGUGACACUGUUGAAAUACCUGAUGACUUAUUUUACCAAGUCGACGUUAAACGAAAUUAGUCAAGAUAUAUUGUGCAAAGCAAUAAUUCAUCCAAUGUUACGAAUAUUGUCAUCUCCAAAAGUCAUAUUUCCACUCGGAGCACAAAGUCGUAGUAAUUUCGCCAUUAAACUUAUCGAUACCGUUUACUUUUUUGGACUGAAACAAGGUCAUCUUAUUUCGAAAACAAUCCAGAGACUAUUUUUAAUAUUUGACAGGCUUAGACAACAAGUAGAUCCGUCUAACACUACUGAAACUAGUCACAAGAGUCAGCUUGUUGAUUCUAAUAACAGUGAUUCUGGAGAUUCCCCUUCGUUAGUCAAUACGGAGAAGUCGCACGUGAAAACCAAAGCAAUGGACGAGCUCUGUAAAGUUUUAACGCCUGACCUGGCUUAUCAUUCCUACAACCUGUUUGCCAAGUAUUAUGGUGAGUCUUUUAUGCAGAGGACAUUGAUGAACUGGGACUAUGUCAAAGAACUUUGUGCCACUUAUAAACAGGAAAGAGUAUAUGCUGGCUAUGCAAAUAUUGAUGAUUGUUCAAUGCGUUUUGAGGAAAAACUUGGACAUCUUACACUGAAAGGCAACAAAAUACUUUUUCAGGAAGAAGAAAUAGAGGUCGCAGAAGACGCUAAGAUUUUGAUGGACACUUCGAGACAUUUAAAAGGCAACUGGGUUGCGUACUGGGAACAUGAAAUUGGUCGCAGUAGUCGUGAUACUUUAUUCAAUUUCAAACAGAUCAAGUUGCAGACGUUCAGUGGACACCAGUCGACUGUAAAAUCCCUAAGUGUUCUCGACAACGAAAAUAGCUUUAUAAGUUCUAGUCGAGAUAAGACUGUUAAACUGUGGUCUUUAAGGAAUCAAGGUGACGGCGACAGUGUUUCACAGUGUCAGUAUACAUAUAACAAGCAUAAAAAAUCUGUGUUAUCGGUCACCUACAUGGAAAAGUUCCAUACGGUCGCGUCGUGUGACUCGUCAAUACAUAUUUGGGACCCAUGGUGCGGCGGACGUCUAGUGUGCUCUAUGAAUAGCAUACCAGUCAAUAUUCUUAAAUGCCUACCGACUCCCCAUCCAAAUCUGUUAGCUGCAUCCACUCAGCCAUCGUUGCAUUCCAUAGACGCUAGAACGGGCAAAUCUGUAGUUGAACUAAAGAUUUCCACCAACGCGUCCGGUCUGAUAAGAAGCAUAGCUGUGGCGGACAAUGGUCACUGGGUCACCGUUGGCCAGUCGUCUGGGUUUUUGACAGUACUCGAUUUGCGUACAGGUCAAGCACUUGCUAACUGGAAAGGACACGAAGGAGAAGUUUUGCAACUAUUAGCCGUCGAUGAAAAUACAGUUGUCAGUUCGUCGCUCGACCAGUCGUUGUCAGUUUGGAACGUUUCAAAUGGUAGCCUUAUAUACAACAUGAGAGGGUCACCCGAGCCAGUCCACUGCUUAGGUCUUCAUGGUAACGAACUGAUCUCCGGUACAACUGCUAACAGAAUUGGAAUCCAUACUGGUUUUACGAGUGAAGCAUCAUUUUCUUCAACUAAAAUCAGGGCUGAUACGUUUAAAGGCGUUCUAACUACUAUGUCGGUACUGAGUCUUAAUAAAUUACUCAUGUUGGGCGCUGAUAAUGGAAACAUAACUCUUUUGUGUUAACGAUCAACUACGGCUCUACUAUAUUUUUUAUUAUGUAUUAUAACUCAUUAAAUUUUACGUAAUUCUAUUUAAUUUAAACGCAUGUAUUACUCCUAUUAAAUUAUAACGUAAUUGAUUUAUUUAAUUUUUUUAUAAAUAACAAAUGCAUUAAAAUAUUUUAACAA